UUCUGACAAGUUCAAGGCUGGUUUGGGAAAGGGAUGCCAGAUCUCCCCACCCUCGAGAUUCCACCAAAAUCUAGGAAACUCCAACAUCUGGGAGACUCCUAACCCUGCUGAUAAUUUCUGCUCAGACGCCAUGGCGUACAUCCUGCUGCUCGAGUUCGUUGAUUGCUUUAGUACUCCGUGAUACACAAAGUUAGCCAUGCCGCCGAUUAGUCGAAAGAAGAAGCUCGGAGGAGGGGGUCUUGGCGCAGUACGGCUGAGCGCCAAGCCUCUCGCGUCGUCGUCAGAUGGAGCCGGGCCUGCGGACACGUCGACUGGAUUCGCACAUCAGGAGCCUCCUGCACCGGCCACGCAUCACGAUUCGCGCAACCCCGAGCCUUACGGAUCUCACGCUGCUGCGAUCGAUGGCAGUCACGCAACCCGAACCCUACACUCGCAGUCUGCUGGCGCAUCUCAGCCGUCAGAUUCGCAUCGACAUCCGUCGAUCCUGGACGUGCAUCCGGCAGAUCCGCUUGACGUUUUGCUGCCAGAAUCUGCGAGGCACAAUCUGGUCGCGGCAGCGGAGCCCGUUCAACCUCCGCAUGCCGCGGUGAAGCGAGGAGCGGCAGCUCCCAAGACCGUGAAGGGACUGCCGCCAUCCGCCGCACCGCCCUCGUCCAAUGCGACGUCGCAGGUGAUAGUUGCGACUCCUGCGACAUCUGUCGUCGCUCCGGCUAGCAGAUCGUCAACCGCGAUAUCUGCGCAAGGCUCGGUUCUUCCUGCGGCCGUUCCCGCCCCCCGUGCUGCUGCUUCCGCUCCGCACGGCGCGUCGUCGUCCGGCGCGGGGACCGCGUCCGCGCCGAUCAAGCUCCUGGGGCUCUCCGGCAAGCCGUCGCGCUCGUCGCUCGUCAAGGGCAAGCCGCUGAUCGCUCGCCCUGCCCUCACUCACUCCUCCGCGGCAACCCCUAUUGUCGCCAACAGCGUAUCUGCCACUCUCACUACUACUGGAGGAAGCAGCAGGAGCAUCAGCCAGUCUACCGUCACUGGUGCCCCACCCCUCGACUCUAUCCCCGCUAAUGGCAUUCCCACUGCAACGGCAGCGUCGUCAGCUUCAUCUUCUGCGAAUCCGAUCUCGUCCGUGCCGUCGAAGCUCGUCGAGCGGGCAGCGAGUCCGUUCCUGGGCUUCGACGACAUGGACGCCGAUGCUCCCCGCGCGCCCACUCGCUCCGCCUCGUCCUCCUCUGCUGCCUCCGCGCCUCUCCUUCCCCCGGCGGCCGCGCCCUUCUUUGAGCCGCCGCUGGCCUCCGCCGCGCCGGCUCCACCCGCUCCUCUCGCGCCGGCAUCCCCCACCUCCUCCUCGUCCUCCACCUCGUCCUCCUCCGCGCCCGCCGCCCGCAAGUUGACGUCGCCGCGGCUGGGAGGCAAGCCGGCAGGCAAAGGCAGGCUGCUGGGGGCCGUGCCGAAGAGGCUGUCUGCGCCGCAGCUGAGUGCUGCUGACAGUGGUGCUGCUGGCAGUGGUGCUGCUGGCAGUGGUGGUGGGCCCGGCCCUGAGAAGCAGACGCAGGCGGUUGAGGAGCAGCAGGCGAGGGAUGUGCAGAUGGCGCAGGCGCAGGAGCGGGAGAAGCAGCGGCAGAUGGAGGAAGAGACGCGGAAAGAGCAGGAGCGUGAGCGAUUGGAGCAGCUGCGGAAGGAGGAGGAGAGGCGGGAGCGGGAGAGGCUGGAAGAGGCGCGGAGAGAGAGCGAGAGGAAGGAGAAGGAGCGGCAGGAGCAACUUAGGGUUGAGCAAGAGAGAAAGGAGAAAGCGCGACUUGAGCGACUCAGAGCAGAGGAAGAGAGGAAGGAGAGAGAGCGAGAGGAGCAGCUGAAGGCCGAGCAAGAGAGAAAGGAACAAGUGAGACUUGAGAGGCUUAGAGAAGAACAAGAAAGGAAGGAGAAAGAACGACUGGAGCAACUUAGGCUCGAGCAGGCGAGGAAGGAGAAGGAUCGACAGGAGCGACUUAGGGUGGAGGAAGAGAGGAAGGAGAAGGAGCGGGUGGAACUCUUGCAGAAGGAGCAGGAGAGGCGGGAGAAAGCGAAACAGGAGGAAUUGAGAGUUGAGCGUGAAAGGAAGGAGAGGGAGCUCCAAGAGGAGUUGAGGAAGGAGCAGGAGAAGAAAGCGAAGGAGAUUGAGGAGCGGGAGGAGAGGGCGCGACAGGAGAGGGAGGAGAGGGAGCGACAGGAGAGGGAGGAGAGGGAGCGACAGGAGAGGGAGGAGAGGGAGCGACAGGAGAGGGAGGAGAGGGAGCGACAGGAGCAAGUACGGAGAGAGCAAGAGAGGAAGCAGAGGGAGAAACAGGAGCAGCUGAGGAAGGAAAGGGAGCGGAAAGAGAAGUUGAAGGCGGAAAAGGAGCGGUUAGAGUGGGAAAGGCAGGAGAAGAGGCGGAUUGAGGAGGAGAAGAAGGAGCAGGAGAGACUAGCUGAAAUGCGCAAGGAACAGGAAAGGAAGGAGAGGGAGCGGCAGGAGGACUUACGGAAGGAAGAGGAACGGCACGAGAGGGAACGGCAGGAGUGGUUAAGGAAGGAGGAGGAGCGGAAGAAGAAGGAGCGGCAAGAGCAACUGCGGCGAGAGCGAGAGAGGAGGGAGCAGGAGAGGAAGGAGCGGCUGGAGCAGCAGCGCAGGGAGCGCGAGCAGAAGGAGCGCGAGAGGCAAGAGCUGGAGCGCAGAGAGAGGGAGAGGCGGGAGGAGGAGCAAAAGCUUGAGGUGAGGAAGCAGCGCACGAGGCCCGCUGCUGAGGACGGCGGUGUGGCAGGCACCACCUGGGCCAACGGGCGGGACGGCCCCUACUGGUCUGGUGCCGAGGCUGACGCCAAGGUUGGUCGCACACAUCCUGGCGUGGCUGCUGGCGCUGCUGCACGGCUGGCUGCAGGCGAGGAGGCGGGUGGGGAGCAGAGGAAGGGGCAGGCGAGCAAGAAGGGCCACGCCGGUGAGAAGGAAGAGGGGGAUGGGUGGGGGAGCAUAGACGAGGGCGACGACUGGGGCAUUGCGGGCAGGCCCUUGAGCCAGCGCGCCUAUGCGCGCACCAGCAGCUUCCAGGGCGUCGGCUCUGCUGCCAUGGGCGGACAGGCGGGCGCACAGGGGCAGCAGGGGGAUGGGUGGGGAGGCAUGGGUGGGUCCGCUUGGGGUGGGUUCGGGUUGGGUGGGGUGCCCGGAGUGGGCAUGCGCAUGGCACGGCCGGGGACGGCGGGCGGGCAGAGGGAGGCGUCGUGGCCGGUGCUGGGGUCGCUGGUGAAGGCGGCCUCCGAUGUGGCGGCGUGGUCGUCCGACGCUAUACUUGCGCCAGACGCGCUGCUGGCGGGGCAGCAGGGGGGGCAGGAGAUGGACGGCAGCGAGGGACGGCAGGGGAGUGGCGCUGAGCAGCGCGGGGAGAAGGGACGGACGAGUGAUGGGACGGAGGGUGGCAUGCCUGGUGCCGCCAAUGGCAGAGGGGGGGAUGGGGGGGGGGAGGACAGGCAGAGCAAGAUUCGCGAUCUGUUUGACAAGGCUGGAGCAGGGCGAGAGGGCGCAGGCGCCAAGCUGGGCACGCAGGUUAUUAACCAAGGCGCCUUGGCCCUCAAGGGUCUCGCCAUGCCCGUGCUCUCCAUGCUGGGCGGCGCUGCAGCAGACGCAAGCCCACCGCCACCACCUGCUGCUGCUGCUGCUGCUGCUGCUGACGGCCCCAAGCCUGCAUGGAGUGUGCCGGGCGCAGCCGGCUUGGGGCUGGAGGACGAGGAGGAGGAGGAGGAGGAGGAAGAGGAGGAGGAUGUGAUGGCGGCGCUGGCGAACGGCAGUGCGGUGCGACUGGGGGCGCCCAUGAUUGCCUCUGUGGCGUCUGCUGUGUCGGCUGCGGCCACUCGCCUGCUCAAGGCUACUGCCAGCGAGGAGGACGCGGCAGCCUUUUUUGCUGCCGUGGACAGGGACGCCGUGCACCCAAGCCCGCCUGGGGCUGCACAAGCGGGCCCCACGCCGCACCUGCUGCCGGCUGCACAGGGUGCUGGAGCAGGAGUGGUGGAGUCUGCUUUGCCUAGCGCUGGAGAGGGUGUGUCAGGAGAGGGUGCUGUUGGCGUGGGUGGGAUGACGAGUGGAGAGGGUGAGGGUGGGCAGGUGGAGGGUGUGAGUGUGGGAGGGGAGGAUGAUGCAGGUGCAUGGUUCAUGUCCGCUGACGCUGACGCUGAUGCUGACGCUGUCGCUGACGCUGACGCUGAUGCUGACGCUGUCGCUGAGGCGGACCAGGUAGAGGGGAUGGAUUUGCAAGGGGGUGGCGCGGCUGCUGGGGCGGGCUCGAAUGCUGCUGCAUCUGACAUUGCCAUGGAGGGAGGUGAGGAGGGGAGCCGUGAUGUGCUGCUUAGCGGACGGGCGAGUGGUGCGGACGGGGAGGAAGGGCAGGAGAGUGGAGCAGGCAGGGGGUAUGAGCAGCAGCAUCCAGAGGAGCAGCGAGCUGGGGACGCAAGCCAGCAGACUGCGGGAGAGCAGUACUCUGGCGAGCAGCAGAUCGCGCCGGAGGGUGUGGAGGCAGAGCAGGAGGGGCAGGCGUGGCAGGCGGAUCAGGAGGGGCAGGAGGGAUGGCAGUAUGGCGGUCAGGGGGAGGGGCAGUAUGGCGGUCAGGGGGAGGGGCAGUAUGGCGGUCAGGGGGAGGGACAGUAUGGCGGUCAGGGGGAGGGGCAGUAUGGCGGUCAGGGGGAGGGGCAGUAUGGCGGUCAGGAGGAGGGGCAGUACGGAGGUCAGGGGGGGUUGACGGCAGAGCAGUGGGAGGAGCAGCAGCGGCAGUGGGCGCAGGCGUACCCUGGCUGGUACUGGGACUAUGCAGCAGGCGAGUGGAGGCAGAUAGAGGGCUAUGAGCCACCUGCUGCUGCUCAGACCGCUGCUGUAGCAGAUGCCUCUACUACUGCAGAAGCAGCUUUUCCGGCAGCAGGAGGAGAUGUCACUGCAGCAGACGCCAUGGAGCAUGCAACGCCCGGGGCCAGUGCGCCUGAGUGGGUGUCAGCUGAAGCGGAAGCAGCAGAGGGUGAGACGCCUUUCACUGAGCCUUCCUCUGACACAGCACAGGCACAGGGGGCAGGUGAGGCGUUGGAGGGUGGGUGGGGUGGAGAAGAGGGGAUGCAUGUGGAUGAAAUGGCAGAGGGAGCGACGGAAGUUUCACAAGGACUGGCACAAGGGGCGCCAUGUGAUGCGAUGCCUGUGGCGCCUCACCACCCAUCAGCUGACGCCCUGCCACCUGUCUCUGCCGUGGACACAUCUGAGCUUCAGCCUGUGUCGACGACAGCAGAUGAGCGUGGCGAGGAGCAGGCUGAGAGCAGUGCGUUUGAAGGAGCUGCAGGGGAAGGGGGUGUGGAUGAGGGCGGGAUUGUACGAGGCAGUCCUCCUCCCAAGCCCCUCUCCUUCGCUGCUGCUCCUCUUCUGCCUCUCCCCCUCGAAUCCCAGCCCACCGUUCUCCCGCUGCCCUCUGAGCCACCCCAAGCCACUGGGAGAAUGGCUGGUGGGGUGGAGGGCUGGUCUGAGCCUAGCCUGCUGCCUGUGUCUGAAGGAAACGAGCCAGAGGCUGUGGCAGGUGGGAUGGAGGCGGCAGGGGAAUGGGCUGCAGUAACGGACGCAGCAGCUAUGGAAGGGGGGAGUGUGGCUGGCGCGGGCGCGGGCGGGUUUGGUGGGCUGGACGCAGAGGGAGGUGAGGUGCAGGCAAAAGUUGAGGAGCGGAUGGGAGAGGAGGGGCAGGCCAGAGCGGAGGGGCAGGUGGGAGAGGAGGGGCACGUGGGAGAUGAAGCAGCUUGGGAGUACGAGCAGCAGCAGGGUGAGAGCCAGGGAGUAGAGGCAGCAGCAGGUGUUGAGCCAGUGGCCGUGGCAGAGUAUCCAGGGUGGGAGUGGGAUGCUGUGACUGGCACUUGGCGGCAGGUGGACGAGGCAUCUGCUGCGGCAGCCGAUGGGGCUGAUGGUGCAGCGGAGGCAAGCACAGCUGCAGCAGCAGCAGGCGGAGAGUCAGUGGCAACGCAGUACCCCGGGUGGCGCUGGGACUAUGUGCUGGGCCAGUGGGUGCCUGCUGCUGCUGAGGGGGCAGACGCUGUUGCUGACUCCGCAAAUGCUGGAGCGACAGCAGCAAUUGCGGCAUUAGCUGAAAGCACGUGGGCGGCAGGUACUGCGUCAGAUGGAGGCAUUGGGGAGGAGCAGGAGGUGGUCGCAGGGGCUGAAGCAGGGAAGCCGGGAGAGGCGGUGGGUGCAGCAGGGGGAGAGGAUGGCAUGGGGGUGGCGGCAGAUGCAGCUGGCAGUGCAGCUGCAUGGGAUGCUGAAGGCGAAGGUGCUGACAGCCAGGCGAUGUCAUGGGAGGCAGUGGAUGCAGCAGCGGGUGCAGCCGAGGAGGCAUCAGGGGAAGCAGCGGAAAGCCAGGCGACAGAUGAGCAAAUGAUGCCAGGAGAGGAAGCGGCAGAGGAAGCGGCAGAGGAAGCGGCAGAGGCAAGGGGUUGGGACGCUGACGUGGCAGGGCCUGAGGCAGCAGCAGCAGUGGGAGAGGGGGAUGGAUGGGAGGCAGCAGCAGUGGGUGCAGAGGCAGAGGGUGCGGAGGCAGCAGGGGGUGAAGCCAUAGCAACGCAGUACCCAGGGUGGGCGUGGGACGCGGUGUCGGGCCAGUGGUUGCCCACAGACGAGCAACCACCUGUAGCCGCCUCUGCUGCUGCAGAUGACAUGGGUGAGGGUGUGGCUUUGGUGGGGGCGGAAGAUGUUGCAGAAGGUGCUGAAGCAGGCAUGGUAGCAGAUGCGGCAGCACCUGCAGAGGCGAUAGGCUGGGCAGCAGAGGAGGUCCAGGAAGGCAUUGAGGGGUCGCUUGUGGGGUUGGAGGCGGAGGGGCAGGCUCUGAGUGAGGCAGCACGGGAGGGAGUGGCGGGGCAGGCGGAUAUGGCGCAAGGGGUAGCAGAUGCGGAGGAGGCAGGGUUGGUGGAUGGAGGUGCGGAGGUUGUUGCUGAAGCUGAGACCAGCGCAGCAGAGGAGGAGGAGGCGAUAGAGGCAGCUGCGGGUGCAGAGGAGGGAGAGGGAGAGCAGCAGGUAGGCGAGGAGGUGGAGGAGGGAUGGGCCGAAGGGGUGCAGCAGGGAGAGGUGCAGCCGAUGGGUGCAGACGAGGGAGCCGCUGCUGCUAGUGGCAUGGCUGCUGAGGAGGCGGCAGGUGCAGUCACAGCAGAGCCAGAAGGCUCCUCCACGGAGCCUUUCUGGGAGGAACCAGGGCUAGGGGAGAGCAGUUAUGGUGAUGUGGUGGAGCUUGAAGCAGUUGCUGCGGAGGCAGCAGUGGGAGAGGUGGAUGGAUGGGAGGCAGCAGCAGUGGCUGCAGAGGCAGAGGGUGCGGAGGCAGCAGGGGGUGAAGCCAUAGCAACGGAGUACCCAGGGUGGAGAUGGGACUUUGUGUUGGGCCAGUGGGUGGCCACAGACGAGCAGCCAGCAGUAUCUGAGGCAGCUGCAGCAGCCGAGGCUGCCACAUCUGCUGAUACUACAGCAGGUGUGAGUGAGUGGGAGGAGGGCGGCUUCGGCGAGGGCUUUGCUUCAGCUGAGGCAGAUGCAGCAGCAGCAGCGGUGGGGGAGGGCGACGGGGUGUUUGAGGAGCAGGAGCUGUCAGGGCAGGCAGGGGCGGCUGUGGGCCAACUGGCAGCAGAAGCACAUGGCGGUGGGCCAGAGGAGGUCGAGGGGGCAGAUGUUAUAGCAGGGGCAGAGGGUACAGGGGCAGAGGGUACAGGGGCCGAGGGUGCAGGGGCAGAGUUAGUAGCAGCGGAGGAGGUUGUAGCGGCGGAGGAGGUUGUAGCAGGGGAGGAGAGCGCAGCAGGAAUGGAGAAUGUGUUCCUGGGGGAGGAGCUGGUGGAGGCGGCUGCUGUGGCGGCGCCAUGGCAAGGGGAGGGAGGUUUGGGAGAAGGUGAUGCAAGUGCGUGGAGCGCGAUUGGCAGUGGGGGCGGGAUAGCAGCGCCACUGGUGGCUGCAGCAGCUGAGGGAGCAGAGCUGGCGGCACCCGCGCUACUGGAAGCAGCGAGCGCAGAUGGGCCGGUGGCUGAGGCGCUGGGUGGAGAGGCAGAGGGUGUGGAGGCAGCAGGGGGUGAAGGCGUUGUCACGGAGUACCCAGGGUGGGUGCUGGAUACAGCCACUGGCACGUGGCGGCAGGUGGAGGAGGCAGCCCCUGCAGCAGCAGAUGGUGUGGAGGCAAGCACAGUUGCUGCAGCAUAUGGGGCGGAUGGUGCAGAGGCCAGCUCAGAUGCAGCAGCAGAAGGCGGAGAGUCAGUGGCAACGCAGUACCCCGGGUGGCGCUGGGACUACGUGCUGGGCCAGUGGGUGCCGGAGGACGACCAGCCACCUGCUGCGGCUGAGGGGGCUGAAGCUGUGGCGGCAGUGACAGCUCUGAGCGAGGGCGAGGCAGCAGAGGCCGCUGCAGUGGAGGCAGUGGGUGCUACAGCCGAGGGUUCAAUUACGGAGGCCAUGGGUGGGGAGGCAGGGGGCGUAGAAGGCAGUGCAGAGGGGCAAGCCAUAGCAACGCAGUACCCAGGGUGGCAGUGGGACGCUGUGUCGGGCCAGUGGGUGCCCACAGACGAGCAGGUGCCUUCUGGUGCAGGCGAAGCUGCUGCUGCUGUGGAGGCUGCGACUGGUGCAGGGGACGAAGCAGCAGUGGUGGCAGGCAGUGUGGCAGCAGGGGAGCACACGGGAGUGGCGGAGGCGGACGAGUGGGCUCAGUUUGAGGAGACGGUGCCCAAGGACGGGGAGGCAGAGGGGGGGGUGGCCACAGAUGCAGGCAGUGCAGCGGCAUCUCAGCCCGAGGCUGCCAUGCAGCUGUCGUUUGAGGCCGCCCCUCCCCUCCCUGGCCUCACCGCGCCUCCAGAAUUGACUGCUACAUAUGACACGCUCACUGCUGCUUCUGGUACUGCUGUUGCUGCAAUCACGGGCGGUGGUGGGGAGGGGCAGGGCGAGAAGGGGGCAACGCAGGGGGUAGAAGCAGCUGCCGCUGCUGCUGAAGUGAGUGCAGCUGGUGAAACUGCGGCUGGUGCGGCAGCAGGAGGCGAGGCGGCAGGUGGCGCAGGGCAGGGUGAUGCAGGGGCGUGGGCGCAGCAGGAGUGGAGCCAGUGGGGGCAGACAGAGUAUGACGCCUACAACAGUUGGUACUACCAGCAGCAGCAGCAGGAGGGACAGCCGCAAGCCGCAGAGUAUAGCAGCACAGAGGGAGUGGCAGCACAGGGUGUGUCGGCAGCUGGACGUGAUGGCGAGGCAGUGGCUGCAGAGGGUGCUGCCCCUUUCCCACCAGCAGCAGACAGUGCCGCCUCCCAGCCUCUGCAGCAGCCGCCAGUGGCCUUGCAGCCGCAGCCGUUCCUGCCCGCCCCUGCGCCCUGGGGGGAGAGCAGUGCGGCAGAGGGGCACAGCGCCACCAGCUACCCUGGAGGGUCGUCUCAGCCCGACCCUGGUUAUGGCCCUGCAGGCUCCGGCUACAGCCAGGCACAGGCGAAUGCCCCCUGGAUGCCGGGACAGACAGGGGUGAAGCCUGGGGUGGGACUGAUGGUGCCCGCUGCCCCGUACUCGCAGCAGCAGCAGCAGACUGCAGGAAUGGGGGGGUAUGCAGAGCAGUACCAGGGGUACCAGCAGGGCUACCAGUACGGGCAGUACGAGCAACAGCAGCAGUACCAGCAGCAGUACCAGCAGCCACAGUACAACCACGUGCCCCCUGCAAGCACAGCGGAGGCGGUGCUCUCGUCGGUGGGGCGCCCCCCGCACACGCUGCUAUCUUUUGGGUUCGGCGGCAGGGCGGCUGUGGUGGUGCCUGGCAGCUCACUGGGGCAGACCCUCGGCUCCCAGGGACAGGUGGAGCUAUCCCCACCGGUGCAGCCAACGCUCAAGCUCGUCCCCCUGCCUCACCUCGUCAGCCAAUCCGCUCAAGAGGCCGACCCCACUGCCUCCACCGCCCACGACUCCCUCUACCUCGCAGCACUCACCGGCAAGCAAGCGCCCAAUGGCCCGCUGACAGGUGGCGGCAUGUCAGCCAAGGAGCUAGGCAAGUGGCUGGAGGAGCGAGCGGAGAGGAGCGGUGAGGAGGAGGGUGAUGCAGCGGGCGUGGAGAGUGUGGCGCUGCUGUGGCGUGUGCUGCGUGUGGCGUGCCAGUUCUACGGGCAGCUCAGGCGCGACGGCAUGGGCAGCCGAUCUACUCAGGUACGCGGGGUGUGGCGUGCACGUGGGUGGGGAGUCAUGACCACUAGACUGCAUCACUCCCACGAUCUCACAUUUUUCUAUGCUUCAGCGCCGUACCUUUGCCUCUCCACGCCUCCUCCCAUCUGCCAUGAGCAGGGUGAGUCAACGCCAGAAGCAGAGCUAGCCAAGGCACUCGUGGGAGAGGGGGGAGCCAACGCAGCUACAGCUGCCUCGUCUGCUGCUACAGCCGGAGCCUUCUCCUCUGUGCCAGCGCCGACGGCUGCCCUGGCCCCCAUGGUGCCGUACGCCACUGCGUGGUCGCCCCUGGCGGCAGCCUCCCCUGCAGCUGCGCGCCUCUCAGACCUCCAGCUGCCCAUCCCCAACGAGGCUGCUGUCCAGGUGCGCCCUCCUCUCCUCCCUUCCCAGGCCACCCCCUUGUCCUCUCUGCUGGCUCUCCCCAUGACCUGUCAUCUCCGUCCUCUUGGCUCACAUCAAUGUGCUCUCCACCUCCCCAACCCCACCACCCCUCGCACCUCCCAUCCUUUCCCCCCACAGGCAGCGGCGCAGGAGGUGAAGCAGCACCUGCUGGCGGGGCAGCACCUGCAGGCGCUGGAAGCAGCCAAGGCGGGCCACCUGUGGGGUUUGGCACUGCUGCUGGCGCAGCAGGUGGGCGGGCCCAGCGACACGCGCCUCUUCCUGCAGACCGCGCAUGCCAUGGCCUCCCAGCAGUUCGCCCCCGGCGCCCCGCUGCGCACGCUCACUCUGUUGCUCACGCAACAGCCCUCGGAGAUAUUCACGAGUGGCGCUGCUGGCAAGGCUGCUGCUGAUGCCAGCAAGACGGGGGGCGAUGCUCUUGCAGCUGCUGCUGGAGCUGGUGAUGGCAGCAGUGGCAGUGGUGACGGGGGCGUGCGGGCGAUGGUGGCGGAGUGGAGGGAGAACGUGGCGCUCAUGGCGGCCACGCGCACCAGCGGGGACGAGCGCGUCAUCUCACACCUCGGGGACUGCCUCUGGCGCCUCAAGGGCGACGUGGCAGCCGCACACAUCUGCUACCUCGUGGCUGCGGGCAGCUUAGAAUCUUUCUCCUCGUCUGCGCGCAUGUGUCUGCUGGGCGUGGACCACCUGAAGCACCCGCGCACGUUUGUGACCCCGCAGGCCAUCCAGCGCAGCGAGGUGUUGGAGUACGCCUCCAUCCUCGGCAACCCGCAGUUCCUGCUGCUCCCCCUGCAGCCCUUCAAGCUCGUCUACGCCGCCAUGCUCGCCGAAGCAGGCCGCCCGGCUGUCGCCCUCAAGUACUGUAGCGCGGUGGUGAAGAUGCUCAAGGCGGGUGGGCGGGGCCGAGGGGCGGCGGCGGAGGUGGAGGGGUGGAGGGCGGCGGCAGAGCAGAUGGAGGAGCGGCUCAAGGGGCACGUGCAGGGGGCAGGGGGGGGCGGGGUGGCGGCAGCAAGGGUGUUUGGCGACCUUAUGAGCUUCCUGGACCGCGGCGCCAGAAAGAUCGUCGGUGGGGGGCCUGCUGCCACCCCCCUCGCACCAGGUGUCGCGUCUGCAUUGGGUGGAGGCGCCAUGGGGGACAUUGUGCCUGGAGGGGCUGGUAAUAAGCCAAGCUUGGGGGAGUCAUCUCGGUUUGGUUCGGCACCGAACCUAGGGGUGGCUGGGAAGGCCAGUGCGGCAGGGGGAGGGGGGUGGUGGGGCCUGGGCAAGCGCGCCUUGCCUGCAUCCACCUCGUCCCCGGGCCUGCACAGUGCGUCCGGGCCGAACCUGAUAGGCUUAGCAGAGGGGCAGGCUGCAACUGCCUCUGCAGCAGUACCAGGUACUGAUGGCGGCAUGGCGAGCAGCUACAGUGCUGCUGCCUCUGCGAUGACUGCUGGUGGUGGGGUGGGGGAGAGCUGGUCUAGCAGUGCUGUGGGAGGAGCAGCAGGUGGUGGCAGUGAGUGGGGCCAGGGGGUGGCGGAAUCAGGGCGGGUGGAGCAGAGUGGGCUGGCUGCACAGCAGUAUGCCGGUUACGCUGAUGGUUACCAGCAAGAGCAGCAGCAGCAGUGGCAACAGUGGGACCAACAGCAGCAGCAGCAGCAAUGGCAGCAGUGGGAGCAGCAGCAGCAGCAAUGGGGACAGCAGCAACAACAGCAGCAAGCCUGGACUCAGGAGCAGCAGGCAUGGAGUGAGCAGCAGCAGCAGCCGCAGCAGGAGCAGGUGGGGCUGCAGCAGUGGGGCGAAGGCGGGGGACAGCAGGCGGGGGAGGAGCAAGGGGCGCAGCAGCAGAUAGCAGUGGGUGCAGGCGAGGCGCAGCAACAGCCGGUGCAGCAGCAGCAGGUGGCGGGUGAGCGGGAGGGCGCAGCGGAGGGCGAGUGGUACGAUGCAGCGACUGACACGUGGUCCGACAGCCCUGACUCUGCUGCCAGAACUCCUGCCACCUCCUCAGCUGCUGCUGUGGCUGCUGACGUGCCGCCCAUCUCCCUCUCCCCGCCCUACAACACUCCCAUGGGGGAUAACACUGCCGCAGGGGCAGGUGCAGGUGCAGGAGGUGUGAGCAGCAGCGCAGAGGAGGAAGCGCCUGCAGCAGUCACAGCAGCCGUGGAUGUAUCGCGCCCGCCGCCCAUCAGUGAGGGCGAGCCCUUCUCCAUGCCGGCGUUUGCAGCGGAGUGGCACGGCACGCCCAGCGCUGCGGGGUGGGCGUCGGGGCACCUGGCGCCCAUCCGCGAGUCCCCCAGCGGCGAGGGCGACACCGACCUCGUGCCCCAAGCGCAGCACGCCCUCGUGCCGCGCUCCCAGUCCGCCUCUGCCGCAGAUCUACCCACCCCAGGUGCACAUGCCCCCAAGAAGGCCCCCCCUCGCAGCCGCUUCUCGCUGGCGGGGCUGCUGGGCGGGCACCCGAGCAAAGUGAGCCCGCAGGACGUGGCGGAGGGCAGCUCGAGCAUGGCGCUCGCUGGGAAGGAUGGUGGCCAGGCGGCAGGGAGCGGCGAGGGAGAUGGCAUGGGCGUGCCGUCAUCCUCGUCAUCGUCGCUGCUCGCCACGUCAUCGUCCAUGGGGCAGGUGUCAGAGGAGUCGGUGGAGGGGCUGCUGACAAGUGGCAUGUCCAACAAGCGCAGCGCCUCGGCGCCCGACAUGGGGCAGGCUGUGCAGGCCAAGGGCAGCAAGGGCGGCACGGGCAAGCCGCCAGCAGCGCCAGGGGGAAAGGGGUUGGGGCGCCUUUUUGGCUACUUCUGGGGGGGCAGCGCUGCUGCUGGGGGCGGAGGGGGGGGCGGAGGAGGAGGAGGAGGGGGGAAGCAGGCGAAGCUGGGCGGAGAGAACACGUUCUACUUCAACGAGAAGCUCAAGCGGUGGGUGGAGCGCGGCAAGGAGGACGAGGUCGUGGAGACCACCCUCGCACCGCCCCCCACUGCCUUCGCCUUCGCCCCUGCUGCUCCUGAAGCAUCCACCUCCAAUGCUCCUCCUGCUACUGCCCCGGCUGUUGAUGCUGCCCCGCCUGCUGCAACGUCAGCAGUCCAGUCAGCAUCUGCUGCCACAUCAGCUGCUGGCCCUGCGGCAGCACCGGCCAGCUCAGCAGCAAAGCCCGGCCCUCCAUUGGCCUAUGGUGGCAGCUUUGGCCGGCGCAGUGGAGUGCGGUCCAGGUACGUGGACACGUUCAACAAGGCCGCAGCACCGGCACCCGCGCCUGCCGCCUCCCUGCUCCCCACCCCCCCUCACCCCGCCACUGCUGCCUCAGCUGCAGCACCAAAAGCAGGGGGGGUGCCAAAGUUUUUUAUGCCCGCUGCCCCAAUGGCUGUGAUGACACCUGGGGUAGCGGAGGGGGGUGGGGGUAGCAGCACGGAAGUGGCAGGUGAUGGAGUGGCGCCACCAGCAACAGCCGGGGCACCGCCACCCGCGCUGAUGCAAGCAGCGCCACCAGCAUCCGCAGCUCCGGCGCCGCGAGCACCACGAGCAGCAGCAGCGGGCCAGGCAGGGCAGAGAGCAGGCGCAGCAGCAGCUGGGAGUGCGCCCCCCCAGCAGCACAAGGGCGUGUGGGGCGUGCAGGGAUACAUGGGUGCUGCUCCCCCCAUGCUGCCUCCAGGGGCACAGGGAGCAGCAGGCAGGGCAGCAGCACAUCCGCAAGGGUUUGCAAGCGCUGGCACAUGGGGAGGAGGCGUAGCAGGUGGCAGCAGCAAUGGGUUCACAGGGGUGGAUGACAUGCAGCAGGUGGAGCUGUGAGUCCACCCACACAGCAGGGACAUGGCGCAAUGCCUUAUUGUUAUUGAAAGCUCUGUGUGUGUGACCUUUCGCCUUUAUACGGAAUGCAGAACCUCCAUUAUGAGAAGUCAAAACUAUUGGACAAGAACAUUGGAUGCUUUUCCUCUGGGCCAAAAGCAGGCUUGACAUAAUUGUU